AUGCUGGCCGGCUGGACAAUUGAUCUCCAAUCGUCGUUCAAGAGCAGCUUGCCGCCGCGGGACCGAGUUGAGUCCGCGCACCUCGCAGUCCAAAUGACCAAAGAUCACGUCCAAAUUCUGACGAGCAGUGACCUCAAAUCCGGAAAACGGACACAAAGGAAGCGUCAGGGCCAACACUGA